GCAGGUAUAGUUUCAAACUUUACCUUGUGAAGCGUAUUGAAACAUACUUUGUUUUGCAAAGGAGUUGUUCCAUUUCAAUUUAAUUACCGUCUUUUGAAAAUCAUUACUAUAACUAUUUUUUAGUGUAAUUCAAACGUCGUUAGGCGAAAUUAUUUCUCGUGGAUUGAAUACAUUUUUUCUGCUACGAAAAUCAAACAACUGCCAUAACUAUAAGAAAAUAUAGAUUUUUAUUCGCACUUUCGCAGACCUAAUGGAAGGAAAGAGCAGUGACUUGUUGUCAAAGCAAGGAUGAGGAAUAUUCGUUUAGUAGACUUCAUGUGCUUCGUAAGAUGCUACUCUUGAUAUGAGAACUUUCGUUCUGGAAAAAAAUCAGGAUUCUUAACUAAAGAUUCUUUUGAGUAGUGGAAAGUUUAUUUUCAAUAUGACGACAUACCGUUAAAACAUCGUGGAUAUCUUGUUUAGAAGAUCACAAUGUCGGGGAGACGAAGAAUCGAAAGGAAAAAACAGUUUCCUUAAUUUAUCGAUGGAAAUGGGUUUAUCAGAAGUUUUCUUUCCCCAUGGAAAUUUUCAAGAUGGAUUUGGUUUUGCUGUGUUCAUCUGGGUGAUCGGAUUUGCAAGAGGAAUAGCUUCAUACGAUGAUUUCUUGGUGUAUAUCCCUGUUAUUGAAGAGAUUAUGAACGAGACCUUUUUUCUUGACCCUGUUCCGAUUCAAAACAGUAGCUCGUGUGUCAUUACCAUUCCGGCCAUGUCUGAAAACGGAACUUCCGGUGGUCUGAUAAACCUUACCUUGUUGAAUAGCGAGCUUGGUCAACAAGACCUGUCAGACAUAUUGAAUGGAUCAAGAGGAGGGGUAAUAGGGGAAAGGAGCAGUUUUGGACACAUUUAUCUAAAACAACCGACAGGGGACUUAACUCCGCUGUAUGACGUCACAAAUAGUUCCCGCCAAUAUCUUGUUCCUGUAAAUAUUUUCAAUAACACCAAAAUAUGUUUGUACUCAGGUUUUGAUUCUGUGACGUACGAGAUUUUUGUGUUCAAUUCUACGCUUGUACCAGAAAUGCUAGCUUUUAAAGUCCGAAAAGAGCUCCACUCAUUUAGCUCAGACUGCUUGCUUGCUGGCGAUAUGGAUUCGGAUGUUAUCUUUGUGAAUAGCUCAAAACAGUUUGGUGUGAUGUUGAUAAAACCGGAAGUGCUUCCAAUACCCGGCUCAAACAGAGCACUGGAGUCUAUUCCAAACACAGAUUAUAUGAGAACGGAGUUUGUUAUGGUAACAGACGAGGAAUCGGAAAUAUUUCUCAUGGGUCUAGAAAAUUCGGAUGUAAGGGUCGAAACAAAAGAGGAUAAGUUUAAUUUCACUGUCAUGGCCCACAGCGUUAAGAAAUUGAAUGUGAAAGCCAAUCUCACUCUGCAGUUGACUUCGUCAAAACCAAUUCAAGUUAUGUGUUUGACAAGCAUGAAAACCCUGCAGAACAUGUCUUUUCUUAAUCUGUUCACAGUGUUCCCUUUGGAACGUUCAUUUUGCAAUUGGUUUGAAAUCUCUUCCAGCUGUGUUGUGGAACCUUGUGUGAUUGUUGUGACAAAGAAAAUGGACAAUUACCCUAGCGUAUCGAUUAACGGCUCGCUAGUGCGGGCUACAAACUAUUCAUUUAGUGAUUACCAUAUCCUGGAGAUAACCAAUCUACAGAAUGGACUGCAUUUCUUAAACGUCACAAAUAGCGCGGGAUUAGCCGUGUAUGUUUUUGAUAGAGACCGGGCAAGACUUUAUCAUGUACCUCCAUUAAACCAGAACAAGUGUUCUGAAUUUGUUAAAUCCUCGUUUUCUUCAUCAGUUAACAAUGGCGAUGAUAAGGUGAAUUUUACAACAUACAGUAGUGUAACGAUACCAUAUUUAUCAGAUGAUGACACAUCAAAUAUUUCUUCUUCUACUGAAAAGUUUACCUCUCUUAGUGGUAAUUAUUCAAACAGUCUCAAUACAACAUCUUUGCCGUUAUAUAAUUCAACGCAGAAAACACCUAGAGAAGAAAGUGCCUUUCAAAAUGUGACAACCGUUUCUUAUCCAAAUACAACGAAUACGGCGACAUUGAGAAACGUCACUAUGAAACAAGCCAUAGAAAUAGAGAUUGGUGGGGUAGCCGCGCAGUCUCACAUCAAUCAAAACGCCUCAAACAGUUCCCAUGCUGCCAAUGGGAAAUCCCCCAGUUACAAUAUUUUUUUUCAGGAUGUAGAAGAAGACGACUAUAGCCAAGAGUACAUGAUGGCGGUAGUUCUCUCCCUUUGUGUCGCCAUCUUUGCUGUGAUCGCCGUGAUAUCUUCGUUCUUGCUCAUGGAGUUUAUUUCACGACAGAAACAGAUUAGAAAUACUAAAAUUCGACCAUUUGUGUCGUGAAUUGAAAGAAGACAGUUAUAAUAUUCUUAUUAACGAGAACACAUUGGUAUUUUUUAUUAUGUGUUUUGAUACAUUGUAUGAUAUACUGCAGCGGUAGUGACGUUUGUAAGUGGGUUCCGCUGUUUCUCGUUUAAAAAUAUGAUCUACAUGUAUAUGUAACAUUUUAUCUAAUUAGUCAUCCCUGGUUGACAUCAACUAUUGUUUCUUCUUUGUACAUGUACUUAAAAAUGAUACAAAGGAGAAAAAACCAUGUUGUUUAUGAUAUCAAUAUUGAUUGUUUUUUGUUAAGUUUAGCUAAGAUUUUUAAUUAAUUUUUAGAGAUAUCAAAUACAAUGUUUAUUAAUAUUGAUCGUUGGCUGUUAUAAACUUUUGACUUCGUACAAAAUACUAAUCAGCUUAAAACAAUUUUAUAUCAAAUUAUAAUCAUGUCAAAAUAUCGGAACGAAGUCAGCUCAUCAGUUGGUCGCCAGGUAACUGGUUAGGAAAGUAAUUAUAAUGUGCUGUAAACCAAUUUUCAUUUUCGAGCCAUUAAAGCAACGAAAAUUUGCGAGGUUGAUGGGUUCGCAAUCGUAGCAAAAAUGUCUUAUACUGCAAACCAACAACUUGUGUUUGUUAUUACUUAACUAAAUCAAUAAAAUCGUGGUUACUGCAAAACAGUCAAUCGCUCAUGUGGUUUAUUGCGAAAUAAAGUCGUCUCGAAUAAAUUGUAAGUUUGUUAACAGUAUGUAUAAUAAAGGGGAUUGUUGUUGAUUUUUAAAAAGUGUUGCUUGUAAAAUACAGACAAUGUUUUCUAGAGUUGUUUAUAGCUUUAUCAAACGUGAAAGCAAACAAUAUUCAGGAUAUGAAUGGAAUUUUUUUAGUGAAUGACAGGUUAUUAAAUUAGCCAGUCAAUAUUGAGGAGAAUACAAUCUAAUAACGUUUGUAAAUUAGCCAUACACACGCUCAAGCAUCCACGAUAGUGGUAUUUGACUUCCAGCAAACACAAUUUGCAGUCAAGGUGAGAAUCUGUUUGAAAUUUAAGAUAAUGCCAAAAACGUGUCUGACGGGAAAAACGAGAUAUCGACCCAUGAAAAAACUACAAAAGGAAAUUCUUAGAUUUGCACUGAAGGGGAAUUAGACACGAUUUUAGAUCAAAAUUUUAUAUUUUUAUUUUUUAUGCAUAAAUUGGUUUACUUGAAGUGCAUUUUGGAUGAUGGACCAAAAUAUUUGAUGAAUGUUAGAGGUCCAUUUAUAAGGGAGAUACAGAGGUAAGAAUUCAUUAUUAUGUAAACAAAGCUCGAGUCUUAUAUUUGUUUACAAAUAAUGUAAAGUAUAGAAUUGCCAUUUCUUUGACAAAAUGAUGCAUUGGCAAACAAAGAACUGAUUUAAUGCAUUCAUAAAUAAUAUUAUAAACUGAAGAGAGCAACAUUUGAUUGAAACUUACACCAAUAAAACACAUAGAAAAACAAUAACAAGGCUCGAGCUUUCUUAACAAAACAAAGAAUUUCAAACUCUGUAUCUUGCUUAUAACUUAAAGCAAUAUGAGCUGCUAUUUUUCAUGAAAAUGUUAUUUUCUACUAAAAUGAAAAAAUGUAAUGGUUUUUAAAUUUCUGUUAAUCAUGUUUUGGCGGGAAAGCCGUUUAGACGCCUUAAUUGAAUUAUUGUCGUCCUGUACAAAAAUUGAUCUCCCAUUUAUUCCUUAGAAGAAAAAUCAUUCUCUUCUGACAACAUUGAAUGAGUUUUCAAGUCUUAUUUAUCUUAAAAUUGAAGGUACAUGCAGACUUAUUAUACUAGCUGGUUUUUGCAGCAAAAUAAAAUUCUAAAAAAUACAGCUCUUAUUGUUUCAGUAUUUGACUUUUAAAUUUUGACAAAGCAUUAAACAUACCCAUAUUAAUCAUUUUAAACAUUAAAAAAAAAAUAAAACUGUUCAGCUCAAAUCGUGUCUAAUUAAUUAUUAAUACCAGAAACGUGUUCGACAAUUAGAAAUGACAAAUACAAUACGCUCUCAGCAUGUACGUUGUAAUAACAACAGCUAAGGACGCAGAUACGUGUAAACCGGUAUCCCAAACGCUAAUAACAUUAAUAGGUAAAGCAUAGGGACAAAAAAAAAAUCUCAUUUGCAAUUCAACUGCACUUGACACUUCAUUGCGUACCUAAACCCUAAGGUAAAUUGUGAUACGGUUGGUGCCGAUCGGAUUGAAUGUACUACGCCGAAGGAACUUGACAAAGUUACCUUGAAAAAUAGUCGCACUUAAUUACUUUCGGAAAAUACCUUUUGAUUAAUUUGAGAAGCAAUCUUUGUUUUUACCAGCAUCCAUAUUCACUGAUCUCUUGUAAACUUGACUAAUUUUUUUUUUCAAAUAAAAUCAUUAAAUUAUUUUAGGCAUUUGUUUUCGUAUUAAUUACCUAUGUACAGCUUGAUUCGUAAUUAUUAAAAGGGGGUCUGCAAAUACCUGACUUUAUUAAGAACUUGCAGGUCAAUAUUUAUAAGUGUUUUGAGU